AUGGACGACUUGUAUGAAGCUGUGGAGAACGCUAAUGAAAAGAAAAAGCUGCUCCUACUGGAGUUCAUAGGGUCGACGUCCUACCGGUCGACGUGCGAGUUUAUGAAGCCGAUUGUGGAGUCAGUCGCCAAUACUUACAAGAACAAAGCCGACUUUUGUACAGUCGAUGUCGACAACAAUGAGUUCAAGGAUCUCGCGAAAGCGUUCAGAGUGCAGGCCCUGCCGACGUUCCUGAUCAUAGUGGACUACAAGAUGGUGGAACAGAUUGUUGCUCCGGACAAGCAGGAGCUCAUCAAAAGCAUCAACAAGGCUGCUCCUACAAAGUGA